ACAAGCAACUGAAAACUGAUUCGUCGCAACGGCGUCGUUUAUCUGUCCCCCCACCUUUUUGUCUCUCCUCUCUCUCCCCCUCUCUCUCUCUCUCUAACCUCGUACGAAAAAAUCAGAAACAUGAAUAAAUAGUCGUCAGUGACUUAGAACACAAACUCAUUUUUUCCCCUUUAACAACAAUUGAGAGAUAGAAAGUCCUUAAACAACCCAAAAAAAAAAAAUCCGAAAUUUUGGGAGCGAAAAAAAAAGAAAAGAUUAUUAGUAGCUCAAUCGGCGGCGGGAAAUGGAGGGAGUUGGGUCGCGAUUGGGCCGAGCGUCGGCGCGGUACGGCCCAGCAGCGACGGUGUUCAACGGCCCAGUCAGGAAGUGGAAGAAGAAGUGGGUCCACGUGUCCUCAUCCUCCACCGUCAGUUACCAGUCCCAAGCCAACGGCCACAACAACAACAGCAACAACGACAACCCCCGCCUCCUCCUCUGCCGCUGGACGCCUCUUCCUCCGACCACCGCCGCCGGCGACUCCGCCGGCGCCGUGGAUGAAGCCGGCGGCGCGCCGCCGGAUGAGCCGCCGCGAAGGAAGUUCCGUUAUACUCCUAUUGCUGUGAUAGAAGAUCAACAGAAGAAGAUGGGUGCGAAAAAGGUGGAAGAAGAAGCCAAAAUAUGUGAGACACAAACACACCAAGCUCCAGAAACUUCUCCUAUGGCAAUGCCACCAACUCCGAGCGAUGAGGACCAUGGGAAGCCGAACGCCUCUGAUGAUCUGAAGGAUGAAGCCGAGGAUUCGAACAUGAGCAAUCUGGAUCUAGGGUUGGGCUUCAAAGGCGCCGACGAGAACCUCGAUACCAUUAGCGAUAUGGAGGAGACUCAGGCGAAGACAGAAAGCUCAAGCGGGUUUUGGUCAAUGGUGAGACCUAAAGCAUCUCCUUAGACCGAAGCCGAAGCCCCAUGAAAUGGUAGUCACAUAUAGUUGUUGGGAUUGAUCUGUGUUAUGUCAACUGCUAAAUGCUCGUUGUAAAUCUGAAGUACGAUAAACCGUUAUCCUCAUCUUGUGAUUAAGUUGUAGGAUUAGUGUCUCUCUCUCUAGUUCUCUUUUUUUUCUUUUUUUUUUUUUUUAAUGAAGGCAGUGGUAUUAGCGUUUGUAGGUGGCUGUUGUACAUAAAUAGGCACAUAAUACCUAUGACUUUAACUGUUGUUUGUUCACUCUCGAA